ACUCCUCUCCCUCUCUCUCUCCUUCCCUCUCUCUCUUCCAUACAUCUUCACCAUCCCUUAUUUCUUUCUCUCUCUCUCUCUUGUAGUUUUCCUCACUUUGUGGGGAGAGCUAGCAGUGGUUUGAAUAAGUAGAUUUAGAUUUGAACUUUAAGCUUUUGAAGAUUUUUUUAGGAUUUUAAAAGAGUGUAAUUUGCCUUAGUUAUCAAUCAACCAUAUCCUAUAGAGCAAAACAAUAAAGGGUUCGAAAUUUUCAAGUAAAGUUAUUUUGAGUUAAAAAGAAAAAGGAAAAAUCAUAGGGUAUAGAUGGAGGAACACAGCUCAUGAUCUUCUUCUUUCUCACCUAUCCAUGUGUAGUUUUUCCUAACAUAUAUAAUUUGAAAAGGGAAAAAAUAUAAAUAAAAGCCCAACCCUUUACACACAAAAGACACAUUAUUGGAAACUUCAACACCUGGUGGUGAGAGAGGAGAGCUUAAUACUCAUUAUCAUUUCACUGAGUUACUUAUUAUCCUUGUGUUUAGGCAAAAACCCACUUGUAAUCUCUUACCUAAAUUAGCAACCUUAGUUGAGAUUUGACUAGUUUCGGUCUUUUGUUGGGAGGGGAGGAGUCGUUGUGUAGUAGAAGUGGUACUUUCUUUUUCACCAUAACCCACAUCAAAUCAAGGCCAUCAAAGCCAAACGACAGAUAAACAAAAAAAGCCAAAUAGACCAAAUAGUUUUCACAUCCCAAAUCAAAUUAUAACCUUAGUGUUUUUUUCUUUUCCUUUCUUCAUGUUUGCGUUUGUGCAUGUGUUUUGGUGAUUAUAGAGUUUUUAAGUAAGUACAUAUAUAAAUAUAUAUAUAUAUAUAUAUACUAUAUACUAUGGCUGAUCAAGGUACUAACACAACUACUCUAAUAAGAGACUACAGAAAAGGGAACUGGACGGUGAGUGAGACAAUGAUUCUGAUCGAGGCAAAGAAGAUGGACGACGAGAGAAGAAUGAAGAGAAUCUCAGGUAACGACAAUGAACAAGCAAGAAACAGUGGUAGUACUACUCCCACAAGUAAUAAACCAGCCGAGCUUAGAUGGAAAUGGGUGGAAGAUUACUGUUGGAGAAAAGGAUGUUGCAGGAGCCAAAAUCAGUGUAAUGACAAGUGGGAUAAUCUCAUGAGGGAUUACAAGAAAGUGAGAGAUUAUGAGAGAAAAAUAGCUGGAAAAUCAGCAGCAUCAACAGUAGCAGGAGGAAGUGGAGAUCAAUCUUAUUGGAAGAUUGAGAAAAAUGAGAGGAAAGAAAGGAACUUGCCUACUAAUAUGUUGCCUCAGAUAUAUGAAGCUUUGGUUGAUGUGGUUGAGAAAAAAGGUCAGAGGGUUUCAGGUGGAAUUAGUAGUACUGGAGUCCCUUCCAUUUCCAUACCCAGUUCGAGUCCAAGUAUUGGGUAUCAAAUGGUUGAGAGAACUAUGAGCAGUGGUGUUCAUCAUCAGCAUCAUCAUCAUCUACAGCAAACUCCAUUAAUCUCAACUUCUCAGGCUAUAUUAAUGCAGCCCCACCAUAUUUCAGCCGCACCACUUACAGCAUUGCCACUUCCGCCGCCGUCGGUUACCGUCAAUGUGGCAGAGGUAGCGGUGGCUCCACCACCUCCCGUACAAGUUCAGCAACCUCCCCUUGCUCUUCCUUACGCGCAGCCAUUAUUGCCCACAAUGUGUGAUAGCUCAGAUACUGAUACAAGCGAGCAUCCUCACUCACCAGCAAAGAGAAGAAGAAAAGGACCAGAACAACAGCAACAGCAACAACAACACCAUCCUCAUCUUCUUCAUCGUCAACCUCAUCAAGCUCAGCCUCAAACUCAAACUCAAACUCAACCUCAUCAAGGACCUGUAGUUCCUCCUCCUACAACCAGUGGCAGUAGUGGGAGAUUAAUAAGCUCAUCAACCUCAAGUGAUAAUCAUCAACAACAAGUAGUAGUGGCCACAGCUAUAUCCAAGAGUGCUUCUAUCAUAGCCGAAGCCCUUCAAGCUUGCGAGGAAGGAGAACAGAAGAGGCAUGAAGAUCUUGUAAGCUUACAUGAGAGAAGACUUGAGAUUGAGAAGUCAAAGAAUGAAGUCAACAGACAAGGCAUUAAUGGACUUGUUGAAGCCAUUAACAACCUCGCCAAUUCCAUCCAAGCUUUGGCUUCUGAUAGGAACCAAUCCACUUCUUAAUUAACUAGCUACUUCUUAUUUUAUAUUACAUAUAAUUAUUAUUUAUUUCUUUCUAAUAAUUUUUAAAUCUUAUAAAUAUUUUGUAGCUCUUAAUUGUUUCUUCUUCUUAUUAAUUGUUAUUGGUGGUUAUUUUGUAUUAUUUUAAUUCUCCCAUUUUGGCUGCUCUUUUGUUUUGUACAUAUAAUUCAUACUUCAAAAUCUUUAUUGUGUACCCCAUUUGGAUUUUCAUUAAUCUAAUUAUAAUUAUUUUGUUUCUA